AUGGCUCUUCCCGUUGUGAAGAACGUGCUCGAAUGCGCCGACUAUUCUAGCACACUCGAACCCUACCUCUACGAGCUGAGGCCGCUGCCAGGUGUUGUUGUUGAGGCCCUGACCAAUGUUGCCGCUCUCGAGCAGGUCUACCUCGACACCAAUCCGGCCAUUACCUCGAUCGCCUUCUCGCUAGCCCUCGCACCUAUCUUCCUCGUCGUGUCCGAAGUAAACAAAAACUAUUCGCAAGUCGAUCGGAUGUGGUCAAUCUUGCCCACCAUUUACAACGUUCACUAUGCAUUCUACGCACAUCUAGCUGGGCUGGACACCACAAGAGUUGGCGCAGUUGCCCUGGCUAGCACUAUCUGGAGCACGCGGCUGACCUACAACUACUUCCGAAGGGGAGGAUAUUCGGUUGGAAGUGAAGAUUACCGCUGGGCUCUUGUGAAGGAGCAUAUUGGACCAGCCGCCAUGUUCGUGUUGAAUGUUAUUUUCAUCUCGCUGGCUCAGUCUUUGCUGCUUUGCGCAAUCACCACACCAACCUACGUCAUGCUACUGUCUGAACGAUUGGUAGAUGCAGGCGCGGUAUCAGGCUGGACUUUCGGCGACACCUGCGCGUUUGCCACCAUGGUUGGCCUGGUCACGGUGACAGCAGUCGGAGAUCAGCAGCAAUGGAACUUCCAGAAUGCGAAAUCGGAGUAUCGCCAGACAGGCAGGGUCACGGGAGGUUUUCAUCGAGAUGAGCUUGAGCGCGGCUUUCGAACUACCGGCUUGUUCGCCUAUGCGAGAAAACCGAACUAUGCGACCGAGCAAGCUCACUGGGGCAUGCUAUAUGUGUGGUCUUGCAUCACUAGCGGGACAUGGUACAACUGGACCGGUAUUGGGUUCGUAGGGUAUCUAUUCUUGUUCCAAGCCAGCACUUGGCUCACUGAGCUCUUGACCGAGCGAAAGUACCCAGACUACAAGGUGUACAGAAGACAAGUGGGCAAGUUUCUUCCAACAAGUCUUGCGCCGCCCAAGUUUGGGAAGUCAACAGCAAGGAUCACAGAUGGCUCGCCAAAUGGAUCAGCCAAGAAAGAUGUCGAUGCAGUGCAUGCGAGGGAGAGAUACAAUCUGCGAUAG